UAAAUGACAUCAUGACGUUGUUGGUGUGUCUAGCGAUUUCACUUUUUGGGUUAUUUUCUACAUCGGCAUUGGAGCCACCCGCUUGUGUGGACAUUCCUCAUGGAUUUGUCGCGCUUCAUUUACUGGAUGCUAAUAUUAUCAUGGGCAUGCGCUACGCUCACUUUCACAACUUCGCAGGCCGUCCUAUUGAAGGCUACUUGCAACCAGUUUGUAUACUCACCGCACAGGCUGCCAAAGCUUUACUAGCUGCACAAAAGGAGUUCAUGUCAAUGAAACCUCCCUUUACACUUAAGAUGUAUGAUUGUUAUCGCCCUCAAAUGGCCGUAGAUUAUUUCAUGGGCUGGGCACAAGACCUAAACGACACUGUCAUGAAAGAAGAAUUUUAUCCAACAUUGAAUAAAUCUCACCUCUUUUCACUUGGCUACAUUGCUAAAAGAUCUAAUCACAGUUGUGGCUCAACAUUUGAUGGCACGAUCGUACCUUACCCUCCACCCAAACAAGAGCAAUACCAUUUCGGACAGCCAUUGACGCCUUGUUUCGAUCCUCUUCCCAAGCGAUUUGAAGACAAUAGUUUGGACAUGGGAACAGGAUUUGACUGUUUUGACCCUCGUGCUCAUACAAAUAGCACUGAUAUCACUGCACAACAGAUGAAGAAUAGAAAACUGUAUCAGAGUGUGUUGGAAAAGAAUGGAUUUGUUAACUACCCAGGAGAAUGGUGGCAUUUCACUUUGCAUGAUCAGCCAUACCCAAAUACUUACUUCAACUUCCUUGUUUCUUGUAAUGCAACUGGUCGUUUGAAUUCAAAAGACAUCUUUUAACUUGUGUUUUUUGCAAGUCUGUUAUUGUGUUGUGGGUAUAGAGUGCAUGAGAUUACAUUAUAUCAAUUAUGUUUCAACGAUGUCUACUCAUAAAUUACUCAUUUUAUGACUUGUGUGGUUAUGUCUUUUGUGUGUCAUUUUGAUUACUGUUGAAACAAAAAUCAUGAUGUCUAUUUA